AUGAAUAAAAGUUUUAUUUGUAAGUUAAAGAAUAGGACGCUUAUUCAAAUUUGGGGAAAUGACUCUUUUAAAUUUCUUCAAAGUUUGACAACUAAUGAUUUAAGUAAAAUAAUAAAGGAAGAUGAAUUUAUUUUAAACAAAAAUUUUCCUAAAAAUAUUUUGGCUAAUAAUUUUGAUAGAAAUAUUUAUAAAGUCAAUUACACUAAUAAAAAAUAUAAAGAAUUAAUUAUAGGCUUACCCUCCCUAUUCUUAUUAAACAAUGGAAAGAUUUUAUUUGAUUGUUUUAUAUAUAAUGUAAAAUAUAUUUAUGAAACAAAAUCAUUUAGCCUAUUUUAUAUCGAUUGUAAUAGUCAAAUUUUAAAGAGAUUAUUAGAUGUGUUAGAAAAACGAAAAUUAUCAUGCGAUGUUUAUUUUAAGGAAUUGAAAAAUAUCAAUAUUUAUCAACUGUUACCUUGCAUAUCAUUAUUACACAAUUAUAAUAAUAAAAAUAUAUCAAGCUCAUGCAUUGAUUUGUUAAAUACAUUUGAAAGUAAAGGAAGUUUUUUUUUUUUUUCAAAAGAUGAAAGAAGUGAUAUAUUAGGAUAUAGAAUAUAUGAAAUUACUGAUAAAACAAAAAACAAGGAUAAGAAUAUUGAUAAGAAUAAAAAUAAUAAUGAAAAUAUAAAUGAUAUUGAAAAUACAAAGAAAAAUAGGAAUAUGGUUAUUAAUGAAAAAAUGAAUAAUGUAAUUAAUAGUAUAUUUUGUAAAUUUCAAAAACAAGAAAAACUAGAACUUAGAAGUACAUUUAUUUAUGAAUAUUUUAAGUUAAAUUUAGGAAUUAUUGAAAAUUUAUAUUUAGAUCAUACAUUUUUUAAAGAUAGCACAUUGAAUGAUAUCAAUUAUAAAACCAACAAUGAUAUAAAAAUGAUUGAAAACAACCUAAAAACUGGAAAACGUACAAAAAUCACAAAAGAUAUCUUUAUAUUUAAAGAUUUAUCACCUUUUGAUUUGAAUUAUGAUAAAUUAAAUUAUUUAGCUAAUGAUAAAGGUUGCUAUGUAGGACAAGAAUCCAUUAAUAGAAUCAGAAAUGAGAUAUUUAUAAAUAAAUAUGAAUUAUCCUUUUGCAUUAAUUAUGAUUAUUAUGAUUUGUAUGUUAAUCAUUUAGAUAAUUUAAGUGAAAAAAUGUACAAUGAUUUCAUAUAUAAAAAAUAUUUAAAAGAAAUCAAUGAUAAACAUCUAUUAAAAUCCUCUUUUUUUUUACUAAAAAAUCUUAUAGAAAAUCAAGAAAAUAUAAUUAAUUAUCAAGAUCAAUACAAUAUAUUUAUUGAGAACAGUAAUGAAAAUAAUGAUUCUUUUUUAAAUAAUAUAAUAGGUAAUGUUUUUUUUUAUAAUAACAUAAUGGGAUUAUGUUUUUUAAUUAAAAAAAAAAUACAAGAUAUCAAAAAAGACAUAUAUUCUUCUUCUAUAAAUAUAUAUAUUAAGAACAAAGUUAAUGAGAGGAAACAGAGGAUUUUAUUUGUCCCUUUUAAAUUUCAUAAUACAUUUAUAAACGCAAAAAAAGAAUCAUAUUGA